AUGAGGACUAACAGUGGGAGCGUUCACACAACCGUCUUUUGCAUAACACAACUUGAAAGAGGCAAAGCUGGCCGUAUCUGGUGCCGAUUAACUGUGGACUUGACCCCCGAAUCUGCUUUGGCGGCCUCCUUCACAUUCCUUUCUGAUCAGUGUCAGUCUCCCAAGGCAGUUAGUGCCAGUGAAAAGGACAAAAGCCCUACGGUCGGAACUGGUGGUAUGCCCACAUCGAAUGCUGCAGCAACACCAAUCAAAAGGGAAGAGACAGACACUUCAAAACAUGCCAUUAGCUUACCUGGUGCCAACACAGAGAUACCUGUCUUCUCAGCCCUCAUCUAUCAGUGCCCCUACUGUGGUGUGCGUUUUAGCAAGCCAAGUACUUUAGAGGGCCACUUACUGUAUUACUGUUCCAAGAAGCCCCCUCCUUCAAGCUCUUCAAACAUCUUAACCCCUAACGAAGCAGGAAACAAUGGCACUACACCAGCAGCCGGCAUUAAAAAGAGAGAACGAAAUUCUAGUACUGGUUCGGAUGAUGAAGCCUCGAAGAAGAUUCGACUGGAAUCAGAACAACCUGUAUCCGAAGCGGAUGAAUCUGACACGUGUACAGAAUCUGGUUCUCCACUCCCCAAGGCAAUUAAAACGGGGCAACUUUAUCAGUGUCCUUGUUGCUCGUACUCAGCAGAGAAAUUAUCAGGACUCAAUCGGCACCGCAGAAUACAUAACCGACCGACAAAAGACUCGCAGGAAACAACCCCAAAGUCUGUUCUCAAAUCGGAAACCUUCUGUAAAGAAUGUAAUAUCCAGUUCAGUUCCUCCAACACAUAUCGGGGCCACAAAAAGUUUUACUGCGCCAGGCGCAACAAGGAAGUAUCCCGUGAAGGGUCACCUGUCGCUUCGAGCAAACCAGAUGUGGAGGUUCAAAGUCCGGUGAACUCUCUUACCCCCGUCUCCCACCAUGUUCCCAAUAUUCCUUUCCAUGUCACUGCCAAUUCUUCUGUGUUGUCCACUCAGACAGCCGUUAUUGUGGCCGCUCCGAUCCUGACACCAAACGGUGUACCCAGCCUUGCUUUUACAGUGCCCACAGUAAUCGUCCAACCGGUCGUCUCUUCCGCUAAUCUUACCCAGCCUGCCCAAGCUCACCAAACCACCAUUCCCUUUUCCAGCUCUAGCAAGGAUCAGCCAUUAGACUUAAGCACGAAGAAGGAAGAAGGGAAAGGAGACGAAAAGAGUGCUGCUGCUCAGGUUUCUCCUGCGAUUUCUGAAACGUCAGAGACAAAAAGUACAAUAAAGGAGGAGCCAGUCGAAACUCUUACAACAGAACGUAAGUCAGCUUCAGAAAACUCGUCUUCAUCGUCAGCUACACCAGCCGCUGUUCCUACAGCUACCGCCACUUCAAAUAGUACCUGGCCCUCUGUGGAAUCAACAGUUCUGAACCAACUCUUUAACCAUAACAUCAAUCAGUAUCCCCACCAGCCGAAACAGAUCCUCACGUCGCCAACGGGACAGGCGCCUGCUACGACUAGUGUCAGCAAAUGCCUUGAAUGCAACAUUGUAUUUUACAAGCAUGAGAACUUCGUGGCGCACAAACAGCACUACUGUGCCAGCCGGCGAGCCGUGAAAACUUCACCCCAAAUCUCCCCAAAGCUGUCACCUCGAGAAACGGAUGCCGCUUCGUCUGCAGCUGCCGCUGUGGCUGCAGUCGCCGUCACCUCUCUCAGAAAACCAUCCCCAGAGCUCACCAGCCGACCGUUGUCGUCCUCAGCCAGCAACGAUGAGAAACUCGACGCCAUAAACAGUGUCUCCAAGAUGGCUGCGCUGAGCAAUGAAAGUAUAGAAAAGAGCAAGGCAAACGUCAGUUACUUCUGUGUUCCGUGCAAAAUCAAGUUCAGCUCUGCGUCGACGCUGAAGGCCCACAAGGAUUAUUACUGUCCUCACGGCAAGAACAGCGAACAGUCGUUGAUUCUAUGCAAAAAUGACAGCGUGUCAGAAAGCAGUUGCAGUGAGGCAGACGAUAACUCCCUAGAGGACAACUUCUACACGUGCACCCACUGUUGCACGUCGUACACAUCAUCCAGACUGUACAGACAUCACUACUGCCCAGCCAACAUGCAGAACCCGAUGGUACGCUGCCCUCACUGUGAUUACGUGGCCCCAACACAGAACAAAUUAAGUGAGCAUAUGAAAGCUCAUGCCACGUCCCGAGGAUACAAAUGCUUGCUGUGUGGCUACCGUGGUAAUACGGUGAGGGGUAUGCGUAUGCACGGGAAGACCCACACAGAUAGUGGACAGGAAUUUAGCGAAAAGCACGUCCUAGAAGUGGAAGAACCGCCCGUGCUGCCAGUCUCCUACAAGAACGGAACUACUGACACGUAUGGCAGUAUGGACGUGGAAGCUGAGCUGAUUCGGCUGAAAAACGAACCUUAUAAGAGGCGGCGGUCCCGGAAGUCGUAUGAGCGAAUAGACAUCCCGAAUCACGAACUGCUGCACGCCUGUAAAAUUUGUGGCGAGACCUUCUCGGAUUUGCACGCUUUCCAGAUGCACAGUACCAUACACCAAACCUCGCAGAUGGUGCCACACACAAUCGGCAGGCCAAAGUCUGUGGUUAACGGUAAACAAAUGGAUGAUCACCAACCAGACAAUGGACCCUCGGGUGAUUUGGCCACUGUAAGCAGAGUGGAACAGAGUGUCUCUUCGACGCUUUCAACAGCAGCAACAGCAGCGGCGGCAACUUCCGGAUCAUCUACUUCCGUUUAUCCUUAUAGUGAGGCUAUAGAUAGCAAAGCAUCUCUUAAAUUAAUUACCGAGAAAAUGGGUCCGAAAUCGAAUCAAAAUGCUAAGCAACCCUCUCCAACCUCCACUGUAGGGACCACAACCCCUCCACCUGCGACAGCUAUGCAUUUCAAAUACGAAGCUGAUUCCGACCCAAAGAUAAAUUACACCAACGUUUCACCCACACUUCUUCAUCGUUUUCCGGAUGCAGAAAGCCCCAGGCCUGCGACGACGUCAGCCACCAUUUCUGGGGCAACCCCUACGGACCUAGAGCAGACCAUCAACUCUCUAGGGUCCGUAAUUCAAAUUAAAUCAGAGCCCGUAGACAGAGGGUACGACAAAGCGGAAAAUGGGACCGCAUCGGCUGAUAGUCCCCCACCGACCACUUCGGCCGAAGUUAACGUGAAAAGAGAAAUAGACCAAUCCACUUCUUGUGAAAGGAAAGAGGUCAUGAUCCCACAGUCGUCCCUCAAAGAAGGGCCAAAAAUUCUUUCACAUUCCAAACUGGAAAUACCUAGUCACUCUCUUUCUUCUUCUUCCUCUCUUCCCAUCCCUCCUCCUUCCUCCUCUUCACCUCGUCCUUCUUCCCCGUCUACAUCUUCUAAAACAGCAGCCUCAACUGCUUUCUCUACUACCACUUCUGUUCCCGCUGCCGCCGCUUCCUCCAACACAACCCCGCUAUAUGUAUAUAAUUCCCAAUAUUUGCAAGGGGAGAGAACUGAUCCUUCAAACCAUACGGCUGAACCCCAGUUGUCCAAGUACUGCCAGCAAUGUGAUAUUAGUUUUACUUACUUGGCUACAUUUUUGGCCCACAAGAAACACUACUGCAGCGCCAGGCUGCCCGAUAACAAGCCGUCACAUUCUCUCUCUCUCUCUCUAUCUCUCUCUCUAUCUCUCUCUCUCUCUCUCUCUCUCUCUCCCCCCAUUAAAUGUAAAUCUUAA